AUGAACUCGCACACCCGGGGUCGGUAUAAUGACGCGACGUCUCGGGGCCGCGCUCGCCGGCGUGAUGGUCGGCAAUUCGCGUGCCGGGGGCGCCGGCCGUUAAAACGGUCUGGUCGAAGAGGAGAACUCGAUAUCGGGCAAACGGCACGUCGGGCGGACAGUGUUUGUGGUGCGAAUACCGCGGUGGAAAUACGUGAACAAGCGGUGGAACCGAACGUAGACUGUAUACGAAGAGAAGCGACGGAGGAAAGUGAUAUGUGGCGACGGAUUCACUCGUGUAUGGCUGCAGGUCUUAGUGGCCGAAAUCCACGAGUAGGAGGAAAAGAAGGCGCGUGA